AUGCCGGACGUUGCCGAACACAUAAAACGCCAGUGUGGCUUGCAGUCGACUGUGGUAAGUGGUAGGUUUAAAGAUGCAUUAGACGAAGCGCAGUGUCGACCGGCGUAUCUCCUGAUCUACUUGCAUUGCCCAACGCAUGAGGACACACCGGCUUUCCUCAGUGAAGUCCUCCCCAACCCGCCGUUACGUGAACUGAUUGAGUCCCGCUUUGUUUUGUACGCGGCCUCUGUGAUGGAGCCUGAGGGAUAUCGUCUCUCACUGGAGUUCGAAGCAACAACAUUUCCCUUCCUUGCUGUGACUCUGCGGCGCGAAACGGUGCUGACAGUGAAGGGGCUGUGCUGCGCGCGGGACCUAGUGAAAUACUUUCAAGCGAUGUUUGAUCGAUUUGAUGGUGUGCUUGCUGAGGAAAUUCAUCUGAGACAUGAACGGGAGGAGAGAAUGCGGGCCCGCACGGACGAUGAGCGCCACAUUGCCGAGAUGCAGGCAGUUGAUCGCAAACGGAUUGAGGAAUUCGAAAAAAAGAAGAGGGACAAGGUCAUGAGGUUGCUCCUGGAGAGUGAGGAAAUGAGGCGGAAGUUGGAAGAGGAAGAAGAGGAAUGUGACCGACGACAGCAUGAGGAAAUGUUUAUUCAGACACGAUCUGACAUUGCCCGCACCGAGGCAGAGAUGCGACUCGCGCCUGAGCCACCCGCUGAUGCCGAUGUGUCGACAACAACAUUUAUUAGUUUUAGGUCGUUGAGUGGGAAGCAGAGCAAGCGCCGCUUCUACCUUAGUGACAGACUCAGUAACCUUAGGGAAUACGGCAAAACGCUUGAGGAUUACGACGGUUGCAACUUUCAGCUUGUCGUCGGUCACCCACCGCGGGCGCUGGAAACGGAGAGUGACAAAACCAUUGGCGAUGAGCCAACUCUUUUUCCACGAGCAGUAGUAAUGAUGCGUCGCCUGUGA